AUGUACACCCCAACGCUCACCUUCAACGCGCCCACUGGCAUUUUGUUCCGACAUUUAACUUUCUCAGAGGCGAAGAAGCAGCCUAUCAGCGAUGUAAACCCUAAAGAGGCCCUUGAAGUGCCUGACAUGUCAAGUAGCUGCCUUUCUCUUCGCUUUCCUCCCUACGCUAACCAGCAUUCCAAGUUGUUUGACCUAUGUAUCCCCCUUGGAUGCGACUACCUCGAGCCCAUCAAAGACGUCGGUCUGAAAUUCCCACUCAAGCUGAUACGUGAGUAUGGAGCGUCGUGA